GAUCGUCGAAACUGCAACGUUCGGUCGCCAUUCGGUUUGCUGUUCAUCAAAUAUUAAGAUGUUUGACCCUUCAGUUACAUCUGUAUUCCUCGGUGCUUUGGUGUUUCUUCUGGUCUUCUGGUUAGCCCGGAAACCGAAGAAUCUCCCGCCAGGACCUUGGUCGCUCCCGAUCAUUGGUUACCAAUUCGGACCUGGCCUAAUCCAUGAAGCCUUUGUAGAUCUGGCCAAGAGGUAUGGUCCAAUUUUCAGUGUUCGGAGGGGUGCGUUUCUUUUCGUUGUCUUAAAUGACAAGGAAAGUGUUAUACAAGCGCUGGUCAAGUCAGGGGAAUUCACCUCAGAUCGGUUUGUACUAGGACAUUUCAAAUGGUCAAUUCCCAGAGCAGAGAAUGAUGCUUCCAUUGCGUGGAGUAAUGGGAAAUCUUGGUCUAACUUACGUAGGUUCGCCCUUCCUGCCCUGCGCUCCUUUGGAUUCGGGAAACAAAGCAUGGUACCCCAGAUCAACCUUGAGGCACGGUACCUUGCUGAGGAAAUCAGGAAUCGUCGAGGGGAACCCACGGACUUGGCAUUCUUGCUCUCUAAGGCCACUGCGAAUGUCAUUUGUCAGCUGUUAUUUAGUAGAAGAUAUGAAUACGAAGAUGCAGCAUUCAGGAAAGCGGUGGACGCCUUGGAAACGACUCUCUCCGUAAUACCAGAGACCGACCCAGUCAACAUCUUUCAAACACUCAUAAAUCUCCCCAUCCCAAGAUAUAAAAGCUACCGUGAAGCCACGUUCAUAGUUCGAGAUUUCAUCAUGGGUAAUCUAAAAAGUCACAGAGAAACCUUCCAGGCAGAGAAUAUCCGGGACUUCACCGACGUAUACUUAAGUGACGACAUCUCGAAGGAGUUCGAGUUUGAUUGCUUCUGGAGAGUCAUGCUUGAUUUGUUUGGAGGUGGUACGGAUACGACAGCGGUGGUUACCUCGUGGAUAAUUCUUUACCUGGCGGUUCAUCCAGACGUUCAAAGAAAGGUACAGGCUGAACUGGAUGCGGUUGUUGGGCGUGGCCGUCAACCAACUACCAGGGACCGUCAAGACCUGCCCUACUGCGACGCUACUUUGCACGAAGUCAUGCGGAUUCGGCCAAUUCUACCAAUCUCGGUUCCCCACAUGACUUCUGACGACGUUUCCUUGGGAGGUUAUUCGAUUCCUAAAGGAUCUAUCAUUGUUCCGAACCUGUGGGCUGUUCAUCAUGAUCCCAGGGAAUGGAACGAUCCGGAAGAAUUCAACCCAGACCGAUUUCUAAGCGAGGAUGGGAAAGUAUUUCAGAAGAAUGAUGCUUGGAUGCCAUUCAGUGUUGGUCGCCGUGAUUGCGUGGGUAGUCAGCUGGCUAAAAUGGAAAGCUUUCUCCUUUUCACCAAUCUCUUCCAGCAGUUUGAAUUCAGGCUUCCACCUAACGAUCCUACCCCUAGCCUUCACGGUGAUAUCGGGAUCACUAUGAACCCAAUAGCUUUCAGGAUCUGUGCAGUAGAACGCUAAAUUAGUAGGCAAAGCGGUACCCAAAACAUGGCCAUGUGAUUUUUAUUUGGGGUGCUGGUUUGGAAGAAAACUUUGACAAACAAAAAAAUUGAAAAGAAAAACAUGUUCAACAGCUUUGGCAAC